AUGGCCGGAGUAGCAUGGCAUUAUGUCCUCAAGUUCAUCAUCACAGGCGACUCUGCCGUCGGUAAAUCCUCCCUGCUAGUGCGUCUCACGGACCAACGCUUCCUCGCCAAUCCGGAUCCGACAUUAGGAGUCGAGUUUGGCUCGAAGCUGAUCACCAUCCCGGAGGAGAACAAGGUCGUGAAGCUCCAAUGUUGGGACACAGCAGGGACGGAGUCGUUCAGGUCCAUCACGCGGUCGUAUUACCGCGGCGCGGCAGGCUGUCUGCUCGUGUACGACGUGACGCAACGACAGACGUUCGUGAACGCGCGCUCCUGGCUGGCAGAUGUCCGAGAACACGCCGACCCGCACCUCACCUGCAUCCUCGUCGGGAACAAAAUCGAUUUGUGCUCUGAGGACGCGCACGGGCAGGGCAGGAGGACGCGCGAGGUGAGCAUGGAGGAGGCGGAAAUAUGGGCGAAGGAGGAGGGAAUGCUAUUCGUGGAGGCGAGUGCGAGGAGCGGGGAGAACGUGGACGCCGCAUUCGAGCAGGCCACGAGAGAUAUUCUGGACAAGAUCCGCAGGGGCGUUUUCGACGAUGACAGGUCUCCUGGUGUCAAGCUGUCCAAACCCUCAACCUCGGAGGUUGCAUUGGAUGCGAGUCAAGCAGGUGGCCAUUGCUGUACAUAA